CAUAUCAUCCAUUACAAUGUCUGCGAAAAAUGGUGAUAUUGGUGAACCCAUAGGUGUACCUUCUAUUUGUUGAUAAAUUUUUUUGUUAAAUGAAAAAAAUGUGUUAUGAAAAAGAAACUUCGUACAACGGACAAUGUCAUUAAAAGGAAUUUUACAAUUAUUUUCUAUAGUGUUAUAUCUUCUGUCUAGACUUUGAACAACCAAAUCGCAAGUAACAUUGGUAAAAAGUGAAGUUACAUCGAGAGAAAGCAAAACAGAAUCGUUUGGUAAAGUAAAAUUCUUUAAUUUCUCUCUCAAUUCAAAACUAUUGUUUACAUGAGAUUUAAGGAGAGAAAUUAUCGGUUUAAGUUCCUCAUAUAUGAUCCUUGCUAAAAAAUGAGUAGGACUAUUUAUGAGUGAAAUAAUAGGUCUAAGUGGUACAUUAUCCUUGUGAAUUUUAGGUAAACCGUAAAAUUAUCGAUUCCGAUUGUUCAAAAAACUUUAACUUCUGUUGUAAAAUUAGGAAAAGACCUCACAGAUAAGUGGGAUAGAUCUGGUAUUGUCUACAAGUUCAAUUGUAAUCACCGCCGAGGUCACCAAAGCGGUUGGAAGCAUGGGUAAGGUGCAGUCAUUGGAUCGAAGAGUUACACUCGAGAUCCGUGAUUUGGAUUGCCUUACCCAAGAAGCUGAGGUGCAACAAGUGUUGUCUGAAGCAAUGGGUAAGCCAGGAAACAGGAGAGUGACGGUCUUAGGACCCAACCGCCGAGGGAUGAAGCUCGCAGUUGUAGUCACUAAUCUGGAAGAGGCGAACAGGCUGGAGAAAUUGGGACACGUAAAAAUUGGUUUUAUGUGUUGCCCAAUCAAAAGAAGAGUAAUGGUCGUCCGGUGUCAUCGAUGCCUGGGAUACGGCCAUAUUGGAGCCAAAUGCCAGAAGGAGGACAGAUCGGCUGCGUGAUUUAAGUGCGGUGAGGCCGGUCACAGGUUCUCCAACUGCAAAAAGAACGCAAGCUGCUUUUUGUGCACUGAAAAGUUUGGCAAUAAGGUGUCAACCACCCAUAUUGCAGGCAGCGGAGGAUGCGGAGUCUUCAGGUCGGCCCUUGAGGAGGCGAAGAAGACUCUUGCAAGGACUAAAAGUAAAUGAGAAGUGUUAAAAGGAGCGAAUAGUUUUUAAUUAUUUAUUUUAUUUACUUUAAUUAUUUUUUGUAGUUUUUAUACUGUCCUUUUUACAUUUUAUCAUUUUUAACCUUUUAAUC